AUGCUUACUAAUGAAACAUUCUUAUUAGAAUCCGCUCAUCAAACAAGUAGUAAACUAAUCAGUAAGGCACCUAAAUGUACUAUUGAAUCCUUUCAAUUAUUACUUGGUGCAAUUGACUAUAUCAAUGACAAUGGCGGACAAGAAACCUUCCCUAAAUUAUUAAUUUAUGAUGACACAGCAGCAACAGCAAAUCAUCAUACUACAACAACAACAAUAACCGAAGAACUUUCUAAUAGUAAUUCAAUUGAAGAAGAUUAUGUACCUCCUUCUCUGACAAUUAGUGACGAAUCUGAGGAUAAAUCUUCGGAGGAUGAACAAGCAUCAACUACACAAACUCAAACUAUCACAACUCCAAAAUCUAAAUCAAAUAAUUCUAAACAUUCGAAUAGUAGUAAUACAAAUGGAAAGGCUAGAGGAGGUCAUUACCGUAACGGUGUUGAUGAUUCUUCUUUAAUAUGUAGUUGUUGCAAAAGAGAUUCAUCAUCAGUGAGUUUUCUCAAAAACUAUAGUAUUCAUGCAGGUAAUAUUGACAAUUACCGAAACACAUUCCCAGACUAUGAUGUUGUACCUGGUAUUUCAUGCAUGACAUGUUAUCAUAAGAGUUGGAGAUAUAGCAAGGGUCUCUAUGAUCCAAACAAAGCAAGAGGAACAGUUAAUAAGAGAGAGGGAAUUCAAAAGAGUCCUUCUCCAUCUUCUUCAACUCCAUCCUCCUCAACUCGUAAGAAGAACGCAUCUCAAAAGAGAAAAUCCAAUAGUAAUGCAGUUGUUGAACAACAACAACUUGAUAAUGAAGUAAACUCCUCUGAAGAUGUCAAGAGUAAACCAAGAAAGAUUUCAAAGAGAAGACAAAAUUCCUCUCCUUCAUCCAAUCAAUCUAAUGGUAAUGAUAAUUCAAAUCAAAAUGAUUUGGAAUUUGAAAAUCAAAUGAAUGAAAAUCAAUCAUACACCACCUCUACAUAUGAAAAUUCUCAGGGGUUACAUCAUUCUUUGAGAUUGGUUUUGAAAUUUGUUUGGAUAGAGCAAGGUGAUGAUGGAGAAGUGUAUUCUUGCCCAAUGAGUUUAGAUUUUGUUCCUACCACUCUAACUUCAAUCAAAUCUCUGGUUAUUGGAAAAUUAAAGACUAAAUUGUCUGGUUAUGAAUGUGACUCAAUUGUGUGGUGUCACGAUAAUCAGAAAACUCUCCUAACUGAUACUGAAUUACAGCAAAAAGCUUUGAGAAAUGAUGAUAUUCUCAUUGUGAAUGUAAAAUAA